GGCUCGCUCGGAAUUCAGCACAAGUCGGAAUCUUUGUCGAGUGCCAGUCCGUGUUGUAGCACUAGAAGCGCCCUGGGAAUCGGAUUCAGUCCAUAUCCGUAUUGUUCUUGGGCUCAGAUUUGCUUCUCCUACUGGAAUUUGAAUCGGCUGGUGAUCUAUCUGUAUAUAAGUAUCGCCAGGAGCCAGCCUUUCCUCUGCAGAAAUUUGCGUUCAACUUACUGAAUUUUUGUCAGUUUGGCCCAAGCUGAAGAUAUCUGCAGAGACUCUGCUCCAAUGGAGUCAUGUAGUGUUGCCAGGAUAAUGAGCUUAGGGAAGCUUGCUAUACACAGGACGUAUUUGUGCACCCUAAUCUUCAGAAAUUUGCCAAAGCUGCUAGGCUUCACUCCCAGUUCACUGAAGAAAUUCUGCAAAGCUGAACAUGUUGAGCUACAACUGACCAAGAAGACUACACUGGGCACACUGCCGGAGCUGCCUCCGGACAUCUUGAUGGGUAUCUUUGCCACCCUUGAGAUCCCUGACCUCGUGCGUGCCGGCUCUGUCUGCUCCUCCUGGCGCUCCGCAUACACAAGCCUACGGAGCCUUGGGCAGUACAAACUCCAGCAGACGCCAUGCCUCCUCUACACUUCCGAAUCCGCUGGUGAGAGUGUUGCAUGCCUCUACAGCCUCGCGGAGAAGAGGUCGUACAAGUUAACUCUCCCGGAGCCGCCUAUACGCACUAGGUGUUUGAUCGGGUCCUCACAUGGCUGGCUGGUAACUGUUGACGACAGAUCUGAGAUGCACCUUGUCAAUCCCAUCACAUGUGAACAGAUUGCUCUCCCAUCAGUGAUCACCAUCGAGCAGGUGAACCCCAUAGUUGAUGAGUAUGGUGCUCUCCACAAGUAUGAAUUCUCAUGGCACAGUGGAGCCCGUGGUGUUUAUAGCUCGCCAUCAAUCUUCGCUCUUGACAAGCUGCGGCAUGAACUCCACUAUAAAGCAUUUGUUUUCCCUGAUACAUCCACUGGAAGCUACAUUGUCGUGCUCAUCCAUAAUCCAAUGCGUCAGCUCUCUUUUGCAAGGGUUGGGGAUGAUAAGUGGACCUGGUUGCCACCUUAUGAUGACUAUAGUGACUGCACUUACAAGGAUGGCUUGUUGUAUGCUGCAUGCACUUACAAGGGAGAACUUCACACCUUUGAUCUUAGUGGCCCUGUGGUCACAAGGAAGACGAUUAUAAGCACACCCAGGGAGUACGACUGCGAGUACAUGUACGUUGUUCAAGCUCCAUGGGGUGGUCUGCUACUUAUAUGGAGGAUCUUUGAGGAUCAUAAUGUAAAACCUGAACCUGGGGCAUCUGUGUUUUGGAACACUACGCAAUAUAGGAUAUAUGAAUUUGACGCUGCUGGAAGUGAACUUAAGGAAAUCAAUUGCUUGCGUGACCAUGUGUUGUUUCUUGGGCAUAAUCAAUCACUUUGUCUUGGAGCUGAAGAAUAUCCGUCUCUCAGGGCAAAUCAUGCCUACUUCACCGAUGAUAAUUCUUUAUGGGCAUGUGGAUUGACGAAUAAUCACCGUGAUAUGGGAGUUCUCAACUUGGAUGAUAACAGCAAGGAGGACCUUGUGUCUCCGCAGCUUUGGUCAAACUUUCCGGCCCCAAUGUGGAUUACACCUGAUCUUCGAAAGAUGAACUUGGCUUCAGGGGGAGAUUGAAGAAAACAGAUCGAUGGAUUCAAUGAAGCAACUAAGAUAUGGCUAGCCUGUACCUAGUUGGCUCUGAAUAAAUAGUUUUGAGUUUUAUCUGCUUGCAUAUGUUAUAAUCUUGUAAUUCUCCAAAGUUUAAUUGAUUUAUGUUCUUGUUCUUAUCA